CAGUAGUACUCUUUCAUAUUACGUAGUCGUGGAAGCUGCUUUGGCUGUUGAGAGGCAAUGGCCACUCUCUUGUUCUUCCAACAAGUCCAUUGAAAACCCUAGACUUCAACUCUCUCUCGCUCUCUCUCUUUCGAAAUUCGAUCAUUUUCUCAAUCUCUAUAAAACCCUAAAUUUUGAUUUUUUGUCUUCAAAUUGUGAAUCGUACAUACAUGGGUAGCGAUCCGGCAUCGUCAACAGCUUCGCUUGCUCCUGGGUUUCGGUUCCACCCAACCGAUGAAGAACUGGUGCGUUACUACCUCAAGCGCAAGGUCUGUCGCAAGCCCUUCCGCUUCGAGGCCAUCUCCGAUAUCGACGUCUACAAGUCCGAGCCUUGGGAUCUCCCAGGAAAGUCGAGGCUGAAGAGCAGGGACUUGGAGUGGUAUUUUUUCAGUGUUCUAGAUAAGAAGUAUGGGAAUGGGUCUAGGACUAAUAGGGCUACGGGAAGAGGGUACUGGAAGACAACAGGGAAGGACAGACCGGUUCACCAUAAGUCCCGCACGGUUGGGAUGAAGAAAACGCUAGUUUAUCACAGUGGUCGGGCUCCGCGGGGUGAUAGGACUAAUUGGGUGAUGCAUGAGUACAGGCUUGUUGAUGAAGAGUUGGAGAAAGCUGGGAUUGCGCAGGAUUCAUUUGUGCUGUGCAGAAUAUUUCAGAAGAGUGGUUCAGGGCCAAAAAAUGGGGAGCAGUAUGGGGCACCAUUUAUUGAAGAGGAAUGGGAGGAUGAUGAGUUGGUUAUGAUCCCAGGCGAGGAGGCUGCAGACGAAGUGGCAGUUCAUGAUGAUGCCUAUCGUGAUGGAAUUGACCUUGAGCAGAUUCUUGAUGCAGACAUUCCAUUGGAACAUGUUCCCCUACCAUUGAGCUUCAAUUAUGAGGAUAAUAGCAGUCAUGUUCAGAAGCCGGUGGACUUCGUUGAUCAUGCUCAAAAACUUUUGGUAGGUAUGGGUGAAAGUUACUGUGUUCCCGAGCAGCCUGAUGGCCAGAACUUAUUUGAUUUGCCAGUGCAAAAAGACAUGGAUGCAGAAUCAGUGAAACAUGAAAAUAUUGGUGAAGCAAGUUAUAGUGUGAAUGCUGUGGAUGAAGAUUACUUGCUUGACGAACCAUUCUUUGAUGCUACUGGUAACACUCUAUUUGAUGAUGGGGGGGCAAUGUUUACUAAUGACCUUUCAAACCCCAUUGAGGCGGAUCCUUCUGGUUUUGACAUGGUUGAAGAGUACCUUAAAUACUUUGAUGCAGAUGACAGCAACUUGCAGUUUGUGGACUCUGACUCUCUGAAGAUGAUGGGAAGUGAGAACCUUGUUUCUGACCAAGCAUUCCUCACCCAGAAGCAUGUCAAUGGAGGAGCCCAAGAAGAGAACAUGGGAAGCCAACAGCUCUUGCAAGGUCAAGAUAAUGAUUUUGCAUCCACUUCAAAGCAAAACCCUGGAAAUUUUGGAUCGGAUAUACAGCAUCCAUUUAUGAAGCAGGCAAGUCGCAUGUUGGGCAGCAUCCCUGCUCCUCCUGCGUUUGCUUCAGAGUUCCCUGCAAAAGAUGUAGCUUUUCAGUUGAAUUCUGCAUCUCAGUCUUCAAGUGAGGUCCAUUUUACAGCUGGUAUGAUACAACUAAGAAACAUGACCUUGAGUCAGGGAUACUGGUCGCUUGGGAAGCAUACGGAUGUCAAUAUGAUUCUUACCUUUGGCCCACCUCACAAUGAUUCCACUUCUGCUAGCUCUGAUCGAAUGGCUAACAUGCCUUUGGGCAAGGCUGGGUCGUCAAUGUCGCGGUGCUGGUUCUAUCUGAUGUUUGCCUGGAUCCUGAUCAUUUCGAUGAGUUUCAAAAUUGGGGCAUACAUCUACACAGGCAAUGCUUGAUGAUAUGGAGACUGACUAUAGUACACCAAAACAUUACAUGGGUUGAAAAUUGGGGAAACAUCAGAUCAGUGGGGAUAGUCAUAAAAUAAAUUCAUUUUCACGGGGAUUCUUUUUGGUGCAAGUCUCGAACAUAUGAAAUUUUUGCAGCGCAUCGAAAAAUAGUUGCACCAAUCACAGGAACUACUUGCACCAAAAAGAUUCUUGUGAAAUUGAUAUUAUUUUGACGGUCUCACCGUGAGUUGAUGUUUCCUCUUGAAAAUUCUUGGGCAAUUUGAUGGAUAGACUUCUUAUACCCUGAUAGACCAUUUAUUGAGGGAAGAUUGUUUAUUAUUUAAUUAUUACUAUGUUCAAAUUUGAUAUCUAAUUACUCUUUGAACUUUGAUAUUCCUCUUGUAAUUGAAUGCUUAACUGCUUUGGUUAUGUAGUUACUAGCUGUUUGUCAAAAUUCCA